AUGAUAGAGGAAGUUGGUCCUCAGCCACCACAUAAAUGGUUAACUCUACCAGAUAUGGGUUACGUGAUAGCGAAUCGUUAUAAUGUUGUACUUGUCUGUUUAGGAAUUGAAUGCUGGACUUUCUUCCCUAUGACAUCUUCAUUUUCACCGAAUGUAGCAAUUUACUGCAUUGGUUUUGUAAAUAGAAAUCAUUGGGUUCAGGUAAACAUGAAAGCAGGGUUUCCAUUGCCACCAGUGGCAGUAGAUUGGAAGAAGUUUCGUUCUCCAGCAGCAACAUCUUGGAUGAUAGGAUUUGUAGGACGUCUAGAACAUUGGCAACAACUUACGCCUAUAUUACCAACGCAUUUUGAAUUAUAA